AGAAUACAAAUUUCAAUCCACUAUCAAAUUUAUUGAUCAUCGGUCACAAUGAAAUUUCGCUGUCAGGAAAAUCCAAAUUUCCAGGAUGAUCGCACGCUCGAAAUAUGGAAGAUUUGCGAGCGUCUCCGCAGCUCGCUCGACCCAUCGGAAAUAAUCGAUUUGCGAAACUCCUUCCAAGGAUUCGAUCGCUGUUCGUCCGGAUUCAUCCAGGGCCAUGAAUUUGCGCGAAUCCUCAACUGUUGCCUCAGAAAGCCUCUGUGCUGCGACGUGAUCUGCAGACUGGCGGAGUACUUUUCAACGCCCGACUUUGGAGGUGUUGCCUAUGGCCAGUUUUUGGACAUAAUCACGAAGGAAGAUGAGAGCUGUGAUGCGAAACAGGAGAAGUAUAGUCUAUCGAGCGCAGAGCACCGAAGACUCGCGCUGGUACUGAUGUCAAUCGCCAAGACUCUCAGAUUCCGCGAGCAGAUCCUCCGUCCGUACUUUGAAGAGUACGAACGCAUCGCGGGAAAUGUCGGGUGUGUCACCUAUGCUUACUUUAAGCGCGUGCUGUAUUUCUUAGGAGUAACGUUGGGCAGGUCGGAGUGGGAACUGCUAGCGAAACGAUUUAUGGUUCACCACUGCAAACUUGACUACGAGGCGUUCGUCGAGGAGAUUGAUCAGUUGCUGCGAUAUUUGGACACUCAAGGACCAGUUAAGCGGGAGGAAGAUGAGGAGGUACCUCUGAAAGUCAUCAUAGCAGAAUUACCCAAAGUAGACCGAUCAGAGGUAGGGAUCGUUAAUUUGGAGGAUGUUUUCGAAAAGACUACCACGUGUCAUCCAUGUGUUAGUCAAGCGAGGGAAGAUCGGAGUUUCCAUAUACUAAUGGAUCACAUACAAAAACACGUUUGGAAGAACCGAAUACGCAUUCGAGAGUUUUUUGACCAGUAUGAUUUAUUGUGCUGUGGAUGGCUUUCCCGAACUCAAUUCAUUCGCUCGAUGGAUGCGAUGGGUUUGAGUGGACUGUAUAAAUUUCCUAUGACUGAUUGUGAAAUCAAACUCGUUUGUGAUCAUUACAAAGAUCCGAGAAACGCGAACAGAAUUCAGUGGGUUUGUUUUACGGAUGAUGUAGACAGAGUAUUUGCUGAGAAGGACGUGGCGAAAGGGGUAUGUCAACCGUGUGAUGGUGAGCAUGUAUCGGAUGAUGUUCCGGUAGAGAAAAAAGUAUGUGCCCAUAAAGAGCGAGAUUUAGCAGCUGAGGUUAUACAACUUAUACGGACAUUGGUGAGCUCGAGACGGAUUCUGAUUGAACCAGUAUUCAGAGACUUCGAUCCUCACUGUAAUGGCCAUAUCACACGUGGUCAAGUUGGCGAAGCUCUAGCGAUGGUUGGGAUUUCCAUCACAGAGGAACAGAAAUAUGCUCUAGAUAAACGAUUUUCUGAUGAUUUCGGCUUCAACUACACACGUUUUCUAAAGGAAGUUGAUCCAUCACCCUGCGUUCCUUCGGCGUACGAGACCAUACAGAGAAAAGCUGCAGCACACAAUCGGAAGGUUGAGGCCACAUCGCAUCAUCACGAAACGGAUAUUGUUCGUAUCCUGGCCAAGAUCAAGGGUCAAGUGAUACGCAAGAAGGUACGCAUUGUGGACUUCAUGCGGGGUUUUGAUUCGCUCAAUCAUGCUCGUAUCACUCGGGAUCAAUUUGAACGUGGCUUAGCUACCGCCAAGAUAGAGCUUACAUCAACCGAAGUACGGACGGUAGCCGACAUGUUCAGAACACCCCUCCAGGAUACGGUGGAUUACCGGAAAUUCUGCGACACGAUAGCGGAGAUUGAUUACCAGUGCAAUUUGGAGAAAGCUCCGCUGCUCGUUCCCCUGCAGCACUUCACUUCGGAAGAUGGUCCCCACAACCAUUUGAACUUUGAGGAGCGCACGAUCGUUUCCCGGACGUUGCAAAAAUUAGCCCGUUAUGCUGACGUGGUGUCGAAUCUCAGCUCACCGUUGAAGGAUUUCGAUCGGAAUCAGCUGGGUAUAGUGAAUAAAAAUCAGCUGAUUCGUGCGCUGGCAAUGCGCGACUUGCAUACAGCUAUUUCCAGUCGGGAGUUCGAGGUGCUGUGCAAAUGUUUUGGAGUGAAUAUAGGUUGCAGGCGGGAGAUCAACUAUCGCGCUUUGUUGGCUGCUCUGGAUUACCUAUAUGCCAAUCGUCAUAACCAUCCAUUCUGAACAGUUGAAUUCUACUGAAAAUUUUACAAACAUUGUAUUUAUAAAUUUUAUUAUUUUAUAAAUUAAUA